AUGGCCUCUCAAGUCAUCUUUGACCCCUUGGCCGCCCUGGCCCUGGCUCUUCUCGUCUCAUCCACGUGCACGCUCUGGUAUGCGUUUGAUCAGCACCACUUCUUGACCGUCUUCAACUCGCCCGUCAACCGCACCAAGUCAGACGCCAUUCUGCCUACCUAUUUCAAAGAAUUCUUUCAAGCGGGACUUCCUCGUGUGGUUGGGCUUCUGGGACUGACGUUUUUGACGGCGAUCGGAAAUUACUACUGGCGCUACGACUCAUUGGUCGCUACUCGGUCGCUGCGAUGGUAUGUAGCCGGCGCUUGGUUGGCGGUCAGCCACUUACUGUUCGUGCCCUUGGUUGCACCGCGCAUUCAAUCCAUCGUGGAGAAUAGAGCGGCAAAGGGACGGCCAACCAGUGUCUUGGAUGAGUGGUUGAACAUCCACCUAUUUCGCACGUGGACCGUUGAUCUGGCUGCGUGGACAUGUUUCGUUGUGGGCGUUGUUCGAAAUGUGAAUGUCUGA